AUGGGGGUAGACGACUUCGAAGAAGUGAAUAAUAUUUCAGCGCUUAUGAUCGCAUUAUGUCUUGGUCUUCGCGAAGUUGUUGAAGCUGUUUUGGCCACUCCACUAUCAUAUUCUGAACUGAAUCAAUUCUGGAGAAAAGAAACCGCGUUGUUUUUGGCAAUCAGCAUGAAAGAUUAUGAAAUGACAAAGUCACUUAUAUCCGCUGGUGCCAACAUAGGUGACAAUAGCUUCGAUGAGAAUUCACGGACAGCCUUGGAAGUCGCGCUCGAGCAAAUGGACAACGACAUCCUGAAUCUCCUCUUUGAAAACAAAGCUGGAACACAUGCCGCCUUAUGCACGUCCUUGAAAUACUGUGUUAGCGACUGGCAGCCUGGAUUUUUCGACUUGAUCUUGAUGAAAAAUGGACCCCUUAUACCCAGCUUGAGGAUUAGACUUUUGGUAAUCGCAAUGUCAAGAAGUAUUGGUCAGAAUAGAAUACGAGCUGUCAAAUUGGUGCUAGCAUGUCCUCACGAGCAGAGUAUGGACGAAACGUUGCAGGCAGCCUUACAUUUGGCACUGACAGAUUAUGAUCUCGACUUCGAUAUGUGCUCACUAAUCAUAAAUGAUCCGGCAAUACAUGAUCUCGACAAGUGCUGGGAACUCAAUAACUGUACUGGUAGCAGUCAGUCAAUAGUGCGUCAUCUCACUGAACGUUUGAAACCCAACAAGAUUGGGUUUCGCCGGUACCCAGAUGAAGUAAGGCUCCUGAAACUUCUAGGGGCUCGUGGUGCGUCCUUUGAUAGAAAUUCUGAUGGUUCUGAAUUCUUGUACGCAGCUUACUGUGGCCAUGUUGAUUAUUUUGAGAUUUUCAUCCAAAAUCACCCUCAAUUGGCAACGCUCUAUAUCAACAGAUGUAGAGUUCAUUCGACUCCUCUGGAAAAUGCAAUCAAUAAUCGCAAUCAUGAUAUGAUCAGAUGUCUUUUGGAACACGGUGCACGUAUCAAUCAAAGUAUCAGCUUCAAGUUCUCUUACCUUAAAGAAAAUUACUUUUCCACUAUAUUUACCGCAGUUGGACGCGGAGAUACCGACAAACCUUUCAAUAUCAACAAAAAUGAUCCAUUGCUUAGUACUAUAUCAAUUCAGCAGCUUCAAAAGCUCAUUGGGUAUGGCUUUAACAUCAAUUUGGAAAUCAGAGGCCAGACCCUACUCUCGCAUGCGGCAUCUUCCGGGGAUGCAGGUCGGGUUCAGUGGCUUGUUGACCAUGGAGCCAACGUUGAUAACCGAUUCUCGAAUGGACAGUCCAUUCAAUCUUACCCUUUAAUGGAAGCAAUCUGUAAUUGCGAUGACUUAGCAGCUGCAUCAGGCAUUGUAAAGAUUCUUCACGACCACGGUGCAAAUAUUGAUGGUCCUAGAGAUUACAGGGUGCACGCAGGGUUUGUUGUAGCAUCUUCAGUACACCUUGCCAUCAUCAAAGAUAGCGUGAAAGUCUUGCAGACUUUACUUGAGUGCAAUACCGACGUGAAUCUUUAUGGGAAGAAUUAUGGAAUCCUGCUCAAAGAAGCGACUACGAAUGGGCAAGUUCACAUUGUGAAACUUCUCGUGUUAUACGGAGCAGAUGUCAACGCCGUAGUUAAAGGUGUUCCAAUAUUGCACAAAGCAAUAUUCAAUCGACAAAUUGAGGCAGUGGCUGUCUUACUCGAUCUCGGUGCCAACAUAAACAUUUUUGAAUAUAUUCGAGGCACGCCAUUACAGCUUGCGAUGAGUAUGCAGUAUGGAGACAUGGUAUACCUUUUACAAAGUCGAGGAGCAUUACAAGUCUGUAACCUGAAACCACUGGGAACUUCUUAUUUUUACCAUCAAUCCCGUCGUCAUACGUCAACAAAUUCCUUAGCCUUCUCCAGAAAAGAUGUUGAAUUGCCUGCCCCAGAGGUAUUAUCGCGGCGUCAAAGUUUGCAUUCCCAAACUUGGGUUACAUAUAAUUUCGAUCAGCAUGGUACGGUGUCUUCUAGCCCUUUCCGUGAAGAACUGGGCAAUGAUGUGCCAUUUGACUUAAGCUCAAGAUCCGAAAGGAGGAAAGAAGUGGAUAGCGGCAGUGAUGAUGAAAAUGAUGAUACCUCGAAUGACCAUAAUUACAAUAACUACUCGAGCAUUCAGAUAAAUCCUGAUUAUAGCUCUUCUGACUUGGUCAUGGGCCGAAGAAUUUACGAAACUGAACAACAUUACUACUAGUCAGGGACCCAAUUCUUUUCGGGGAGCAGAAAAGUAGUGUAGCCCUCGAACAAGCUGGAAUUAGUGCCAAAGGUCUGAAUGUUACUCCCCAUCGUCGAGCGGCCGUUUCCCUUGCGUUUGAUCAGAGCGCGAUCGGCGUUUACCUCCAAAUUCCUUUAAAUUCAGGACAAAUGUCCAAGUCACCACAAACACUUGGGUUUCAUUAUUCAUCUCAUCAACCAGAUUGUUUUAUUUUUUGUCAAAUAUGCCGUCUCAAAUCUCAUUUCACGAAUUGAGCUUUUUUUUGAUAUACCUUUCACGAUUUCUUAAGGGACUCUGUUGAUAUCCCGCAACUUCCACUCAUGCAAAUUUCUUAA